AUGGCGCGAACUAUUAAAUAUCGGUUAUUAAUUGAGUUUCAUAGAGUCAAUAAACAAGUAGAGAGAAUAUAUUCUAAGAGUUCAGGAAGUAGCAAUGUUAAUGAAGGCAAAAGAUUUGCUUUUGAUCUCAACGUGGAACCUGUUGAUGAAACUUUGGACCUCAACGUUGAACCUGUUGAUGAAGAGAAUCGUGAUGCUCUGAAUCCUGUUGAUGAAGAGAAUCAUGACUCUAUGAAUCAUGUUGCUAAACAGAAUCAUGAUUCUUCUAAUCAUGUUGAUCAAGAGAUUCGUGAUUCUCAGAAUCUUAUUGAUGAAGAGAAUCAUGAUUCUCCAAAAGACUCAGAUUAUCUCGGUGACUUGGAUUUGUGUUCGAUUUGUCGUGGGGCUUUGGUCAAUGAGAAUGAUGUUCAACGAACACUGGUUACACUUAAAUGUGUUCACAAGUUUCACCUCGACUGUAUCGGCUCAGCCUAUAAUGCAAAGGGCUUCAUGGAAUGUCCAAACUGUAGAAAUAUAGAACCGGGUCAUUGGCAGUUUUCAGACGGUACUCACUUCAAUCCCAAUGGUAUGAUUGCUAAUAAUGAAGAAGAAGAAGAAGACAAUGAUCCUGGAUCCUUUUCUCAGAUGAUUGUAAAAUCAGAGGUGUGCCCUUUUGGAUGCUUAGGUCAACGGUAUCCUUUUGAUCCCUUAGGAAGAUCCGACAUCUCAAUGAUUAAUGCACCAAUGAAUUUGUCAUGUCCAAGCACUAGCACGGUGCAACUUAACCCAUCUGACGUAUGGGAGAGUACUCAGCCUUUCCUGUCAUCGAGGCAUCACCUCAUGGUCGAAGAUGAGAUAUACCGCAUGAUUUACGGUGACAGAAUUGAAAUGGGAGAAAGAAGUGGCAACCAUAGAGGCAGAGAAAGCAAUGGAAAUGGUGAUAACGGAGGAAGCAGCACCUUUGGUGGCAAUGGCAACGGCAAUGGGAUAAAUGCAACGGUUCUCUGUUCGUCGAGGACCGGAAGUUCAAAUUAUUUUUCAACGUCACAAGUUAAAGUGACCAUUCAACGGCUGGAGAAUGUUCAUGGACUCAUCGGGAUCUCUUCUUAG